CCUUCUCCAGAGAGAAAGAGACAGAGAGAGAGAGAGAGCGAGAGCGAGAGCGAGAGAAACGAUGAUGAUGAGCAGCGGAUCCGACUCCGGCUCCGGCUCCGGCUGCGGCGAGGGAGGAGACAUAGGGUGGGAGAAAAGGCCGGGAGGGAUGCUGGUCCAGACGGGGCGCUCGGAUUACGUUUCGCCGUUGCCGCGGCUCAUUCGCGUCCGGGUUUCCUACGGCGCCGCCCGUUACGACGUCUCCGUCGCCUCACAGGCCACCUUCGGGGAGCUGAAGAAGCUCUUGACGGCGGAGACUGGGUUGCAGACGGCGGAGCAGAGGCUGCUCUACAAAGGGAAGGAGAGAGGGAAUAGUGAGUUCUUGGAUAUGUGUGGAUUGAAGGACCGGUCGAAGCUGGUGCUGAUGGAGGACCCAGCUAGUUUGGAGAAGAGAUACAUUGAGAUGAGGAGGAAUGCCAAGAUGGAGAGCACCCGCCGUGCUAUCUCUGCUGUGUCAUUGGAAGUUGACAAACUCUCUGACCAGGUUACUACUAUUGAGAAAAGUAUUUCAAGCGGGAACAAAGUGCCAGAAGUUCAGAUCACAACCUUGAUAGAGUUGCUGAUGAGACAAGCAGUGAAAUUAGAUAACAUGACCACAGAGGGAGACACUGCUUCUCAGAAAAAUAUACAGGCUAAGAGGGUGCAGAAGUGUGUUGAAACUCUAGAUGUGCUCAAAAUCACAAACUCAAGAGUAAAGCCAGUGGUUGUCACAACAAAGUGGGAAACUUUUGAACCCCAACCCACAACACAAUGGGAAUUUUUUGAAUGAAUCUUCUCUUCUUUUUAUUUUUUUAUAUAUAUUUUUGUGCCAUCCUUUGCCUCCUCCUUCCAUUCAUUCAGAUGUAUUUUUCAGCUGGUAGGUGAUGAACAAGCGAAGUGUAUUCAAUCAGUGAAUAGAUCAGUACUACCACUAGUUGCCCU